UUCUUCUCGGAAGGGGGGCAAAAAUCAUGAAGAGGAUAAAUCUGCCUCAGGCAGUUCUGCUUUGCUCCUGUUUGGUUUUAGUCCACCAUCAGGGCUCCUGCCAGCCGUUUCUCAGGUUCAGACCCUCUCCCAGCGGAGACUUACCUGUCUUACCUGUCAUCGAGCAGCCAGAUCCGGAGCAGGAUCCAAAAGAGCAGGACUUGGAUGAGAGGGCAUUGAGAAAGAAACUUGGCAGCAACUUUGACCCUAACUUUAUGGCAGUGGUUUUGCCCAACCUUGUUAACACAUCCACCCAGGAUUCAUUGACAAAAACAAAAACUCUUGGCUCACUACCAAUUGAGCUGAAGAAGAUGGACCUCAGUGAGGCACCUUAUGGUGGCAGGAUAAAGAUUGGGAAGAAAGCCAGAAGGAAGUUCUUGCAAUGGCUGUGGGCUUACACUUACUGCCCGGUACUGUACACCUGGAAGGACCUAGGUGUGAGGUUUUGGCCAAGGUUCAUAAAAGAAGGACAAUGCUUUGGAGAGAAGUCCUGCUCCUUGCCAGAGGGCAUGUACUGCAGGCCCCACAAGUCAGUCACCAAGAUCUUUUUAAGGUGGCACUGCCAGGGAUGGUCAAGGCAAAGGUUCUGCACGUGGAUCCCUUUCCAGUAUCCCAUAUUAUCAGAGUGCAAGUGCUCGUGUUAACGGCUGCUCAUCGGCGGAAAGACUUGAGAGCUGACUGAGGCACUGGGUAACCCUUGCACUGUUAAAGGACAAAAAAAAACUGGUGCUUUUUUUUUGCCAUUGACACUGGGGAAGUGAACACAACCAUAGUCCCACUGGUUGACAGUUGAAAACUUUUGGAGGUGUGGGAGUGGACUCCCUUAACCCUUUCUUGUGCUUUGCCGUGGAGUUACUGAAUCAGGUACUCAUCAUGAGGCCAGACAUGGACACGCAGAAAAGAAGGAAAAAAAACAGAGACACACAAAAAAAGGAAUUAUUGCCAUAAAUUAAUAUUUUAUUCUGUCGGGUUAAUAAUUCAUGUAUGAAGUAUUGAUAGAGAAAAGAAAGUAUUAUCCUCCCCAAACUUGCACUGUUAAUAACUAUAAUUAUUCAUUCUUAUUAUUAUUAUUAUUAUUAUUGUAUUAUUGCUAUGUAUAUUAUUUUUAAAGCUUGAUAAAAAAAAGCAUCCAGAAGUAAGCACAUCUAUUCAGAUGUUUUAUUUUUAUAUGUAAUAUAGCUUUUUAACAGAAAUAAAAAGAAAACCAUAUUAAUAAAGCAGAAAAGGGGAUUUUAAAUCAAGUCACCAGCAUUUUUUUUGUAAAUAUUUUUUUUUUUUUACGUAAUAUUGAUGUCAUUUUCUGCUAGCCUUAUUUUCUUUUUGGAGGGUAUCUGUACAAUAUGUGACAUAUGGACCACACGCUUGUAAUUUAUCUAUCUAGCGUAGAUUGGAAAAGAGCUUCUCCUUUAACUUAACCCCUGCACUGCCACAGCACAAUACACCCCGAACCAAUUUCUGCCUCACUGUCUCCCAUCACAGUUAUUGGUGAUCUUGUUGUCCCCCUCCCCCAAAUAAAAUAAAUUUGAAACUAACAUGCAGAUCUUCUUAGAUCUUUUUAUGAUUCAUUAAUAUUAUUAACAAGUGAACAAUUAUGAAUGUUUAAAGAUGUUUUAUAAGAGAGUGAUAUCUUGUUUUUCUUGUAUAAUGGAUAGGAUGCUAGGCGGGAGAUCAGGAUAUCUUUGUACACACUAUUUAUUUAUAUGGUUUGCAGACAAUUACAACAAAAGUAGCUAUAAGAAAAAUAUUGGUCGAAUAAUACUUGAAAUGUAUCUUUUACAUAACAGUGUAAAUACAAUUUAAAAAGAGAUUUACCUAUGAGAAAAAGCAAGACAUUUUAGUAAUAAAUAUUCAUUGGUUCA